GGGCCCGGGAUCGGGAGCAGCGGCGCGAAGCGCGUCGGGCUGGGAGCGAUGGCGGACGAGAUCAGCAAGGCGCAGGUGGCCCAGCCUGGCGGGGACACCAUUUUCGGGAAAAUCAUCCGCAAAGAGAUCCCCGCCAAGAUCAUCUUCGAGGACGAGAAGUGCCUCGCGUUCCAUGACAUUUCUCCUCAAGCGCCAACACAUUUCCUAGUUGUACCCAAGAAGCCUAUUGCUCAGUUAUCGCAAGCGCAAGAUAGUGAUGAAGCUCUUCUUGGACAUCUAAUGAUUGUUGGCAAGAAAUGUGCUUCUGAAUUAGGCUUGACCAGAGGAUACCGAAUGGUGGUGAAUGAAGGAUCAGAUGGUGGCCAGUCGGUCUACCAUGUACACCUACAUGUCCUUGGAGGUCGUCAGAUGGGGUGGCCUCCAGGUUAAGGACUACAUGAGAGGUAUAGGAAUAUUGCCCUCAAACUGUUGCUUGAAUCCAGUGUAAAAAAUGUAAAAAAUCCAACCACGCUUAAUGAAGUCCAGUCACUUGUGGAGAACAAUAAAAGUUUGUGAAAGCCUCAUCCAAUAAAAUUACAAGUAUGUUGGAUCCCCA